AUGCGAGGUGGAACUAAACUGCUUUUAUUCUUCCUGUUUGGAUUUUCUGUCUCAGAAGAGCAAACUUGCUCGUGGACAGAAACAAGUGAAGUUGACCCGGCAUUAAAAGAAUUUACGUACGACGUCGGUGACGGUCCCAAGCAGUUCCUUGCUUACGUAGAACCUGAUGUUUCGUCGUUUUAUCAAGAGCCGGAAGGAAGCAGGAAAAAGGUGAUUCCAAAAUUUAACGGCUUCGCUGCGAAGUUCAUCAAUCUCUCGAACAAAAAAGUGAAACAUUACUGGGAGGGAAACGGUGCAACAGUUCUCAUGAGAUUCUACACUCCAUUCUCAUCCGGUGGAACUGCCAGUUUCCCAGGCCAUCGAUUCUUUUUUACUCCUGAAAACGAACCUGACGUUCGACUGAAAGAGUGGGUCGUUGAGGACUAUCCGGCUGGUAAUAUUAUGGUGUAUGAUCCUUACCUUGUCGAGGGUGAUGAAGAAAAGACCGAAGCCAAUCUAGCAGUGUUAUCAACCGACGAAAGGGAGCUGUAUGACAUGUGGCAAAAGACGCUCUCCUUUCACGAACAAUAUCGUAACUUUACAGGUCGUUCAUGGUUGGCAAACUAUGGCACAGAGGCCCCCAAGAAUUUUAUGUGGAGAUCAGACUACUUUGGGCAAACUCAUUGGGUGACAACAAAAGAAACACAUUUUGCAGAAGUACCCCCUGCUGAUUUGCUGGAGCCGAUAUCGAUACAACCUAGUGCUCGAAUUUUGAAAGACUCGGAUGAGCGAACUCUUUCAGAAUAUCGCGUGAAAGGGCAGUCAACGAUGAACAUGACGCUACGAGCACUUUCUUGCGCUCCUCGGGUCUUUGAGAUCGAAAACUUCUUGUCGGAAGCUGAGAUCGAACACAUCUUGGAAUUGGCAGGGGGGAUUAACUUGAAGGCGAGUACAACGGGCGAUGUUGGUUCAAACUCGAACCGAAACAACGAAAAAGUGAAGCCGGAAGAAGGGACCAAAACUAGAACUUCUUUCAAUAGUUGGGUUCCUCGAGAGCGAUCACCGGUGCUGGAUGCGAUUUAUCGCCGUAGCGGUGACCUUCUUCGCAUUGAUGAGAGUCUCUUGCGGUACCGCGGAGAUGAUGAACAUCCUGAAGUUCCCACCAAAAAGGCUACCUGCGAAUCUCUGCAAUUGGUACACUAUGGCCAGACCCAAGAGUACACUAGUCAUCAUGACUUCGGGUAUUCCAGCAUUGACGAUCCUUACAAUGGCGCGAGGUUCGCAACUCUUCUCUUUUAUCUUAACGAAGAAAUGGAAGGCGGACAGACAUCAUUUCCACGGUGGGUGAAUGCGGAGACAUUUCGUGAGCUGCAAGUGGUUCCAAAAGCGGGUAAAGCAGUUCUGUUUUACAGCCAGUUACCUGACGGAAAUUUGGAUGAUUUUUCCCAGCAUGCCGCGAAGCCAAUCGUCGAUGGUGAAAAGUGGUUGAUCAACCUUUGGGUUUGGGAUCCUGUUUAUGAAACUUAA